AUGAGUUCGGAUUCAGUCGAUCAUAAUCGGUGCCGAUCUAUUCGCACGCUCGUUCUCGACGGUGUUCGAAAAGGUUCCGGACAUGAGUCUACCGCGCAAAAUACUACUCUCAGCUGGAUUCUGUCUGGACCAGAAGCUCCACAGAGCCCUGAAAAACAUCAGUGCGAAGAGCACUUCAAAGCCACACAUUUCCGUACGCCGGAAGGACGUUAUAUCGCUCGACGACCGUUUAAAAACGGACCAUCUAUCUCGAUAGGCGAAUCGCGCUCUACCGCCGUUUCGAGCUUUCGCCGCUUGGAACAACGCUUAAUUCGCGACCCCAUUAAUGCUUCCGAAUAUCGCGAAUUUCUCGCAGAUUACGAAACCUCCGGUCACAUUAUCAAAAGUCCACAGACAAAAAUCAGCAGACAAAAUCAGAGCAAAACUAUUACAUUUCGCAUCAUGCUGUCUUACGUGAUAGCAGUGCAACCACCCGCUUACGAGUGGUCUUCAAUGCUUCAUGCCGCACCAAAUGGAAUAUCGUUGAACGACCAUAUGCUCAUUGCCCCUAAACUCCAGAAGGAUUUAGCCACUGUCAUAAUGCAGUGGCGCCAAUACCGUUACGUAUUCACCACCGAUAUCGCUAAAAUGUAUCGGCAAAUAUUAGUCAAUUCCAGGGACACCUCAGCGCAUUGUAUGGCAAUCUAA